AUGGCAGACACAAAGGACACACAGGCGAAGCCGCAGUCGGAAGAGCACCAGCACAUCCCCACGGAGCCAAAGCAAGAAGAAGAAGCAGACCAAGGGACAGGCGGCCUCUUGUCCAAAGUCGGUGAUCCAAUCGGAAAGGUUCUAGGCACAGCUCUGCGCCCCAUCGGCGCGCCGCUGGAGAAAGGCGUCACGGGCCCGCUCGGCAACGCAGUCGGCGGCAGCACACGAGGCGCGCUGGGCCCGAUGCUGGGUGGCGAGGACCAGAAGAUGGAGGUGCUGGGCGGUAAUAACAAGGAUAGCUAUGAGAAGCCGGAGAAGAUUGCGGGCAAGGAGCAGACGGGGGAGAAUCCGUUGGGGCUGGAUCAGACAGGGCGGUGGGGGUUUGAUGGAGAUGAGGAGAAGAAGUGA